UAUCAAGCAAGAACUGCCCGUGCAACCAUCGUCGCUUCCUGUAAAUGGCAUUUCGUAGGGUUUUACUCUCUCACCUUCGCCGAUCGCGCAACACUUGUUCCUCUCUCUCUCCUCACCAUGUCUCCUCCCAUUCACAUCCGUCGAUGGCCAUCGGUCUUCUCCAGUCCCGAUUGUUUUCCACUCCCAAGGACCUUGACCCUGAGCUGAGUCGACUCAGAGACGAUUCGAUCGCUGGCCUGGGAACUGGUGGUGGUGGUGGGCAUGGAUUAGAUUUCGGGGACUGGAGCCAGGAGAUGAUCGGAGCUGGUGCGGCGAACCAUGAUUUAUUGAUCCGACAUGUUAUCUCGUUGCUUGAUUCUUACCAUGACUUCACUGGAUUGCCCUGGUGGGUCGUUAUUGUUUCGUCUACUGUAGCUUUCAGAACAGCUUUGCUUCCUAUACUGAUUUUGCAGCGCAAGCAAACAAAAAGGAUUUCACAGUUCUUACCUCAGUUACCCCCUUUUUGGCCUCCAAAGGAUUCAGGAAGGAGUGUUAUUGAACAAUUAAUGCUGUUCCGGAACGAAAGAAAAGCUAUCGGUUGCCCUUCGUUUUUUUGGAUCCCUGCUUAUUUCUCCAUCCAGAUUUCUUGUUUUUUCAUGUGGAUAACUAGUAUUAGAAGAAUGUCACUUGAUCACCAUCCUGGCUUUGAUACGGGUGGGUCACUAUGGUUCCAGAAUUUGACUGAAAUUCCCAACGGUCUAUAUGGGCCACUUUUCCCCUUUUUAAUAGCUGGUUUGCAUUACACAAACACACAGGUAGCUUUUUCAGCAUCCUCAGUUCACAAAGUUGAUAAAUUCACGGAAUUAGCGAAAGUUUUCAAGAUAUUUUUGAAUAUUAUGACAUUUGCUUUUUAUUUCCUUGCAUUCCAAAUGCCUCAGGGAAGUCUGCUUUACUGGUCUACCAAUUUGUCAUUCAGCAUAGCUCAGCAAUCAAUCCUCAGACAUCCCGUUGUAAGUGCCAAGUUGGGCCUACAAGGAAAUGACACUGUCCAGAAAGAGGCUGGAAAUCCUAUAUUGACAAAUAUAAAUGAAGCUAAACUCACUGAUCCAUCCUCUAAAGGGCGCUUGAUCUCGGUGCAUAAUUUGACCCCUAAGGAGCUGGUUGGUCUUUCUACCAAAUACUUAUCUGGAGGGCACAAAGAAAAAUCAAUUCCGCUAUUAAGAUUGGCAUUAGAAAAGGAUCCUGAAUAUCUUCAAGCUAUGGUUAUUCUUGGUCAGGCUUUAUAUCAGAAAGAACAGUUUGCUGAGGCUGCAAAAUACUUAGAGCAGGCUGCUUCAAAGCUUAUUGAUGCCUGUCCAACAGAAGUUGAAAAAGUCGAUCUUUUAAUCGUUGCAUCCCAAUGGGCAGGUGUCUCCAAUAUACGCCAGGGAAAGACAUCAGAGGGAAUCACACACCUUAAAAGAGUGGCAAACAUGAAAGAGCCUGACGAUCCCAAGAGCAAAGCUCAUUACUUAGACGCAUUGGUACUCUACUCAAGUGCUAUAUUUAACGAAGGAAGAAGAGAGGAAGCAGCAAAGUACUUGAGAAGAGUGGUGGCUUAUGAUCCAUCGUUCAAGGAAUUAUUGAAACAAUGUGAAGAAGAUGAUGAUGAUACCACUACCAUUGCCAAUUCAACUUCUUCAUCUCAAUCUACCCACAAAACCUCAUAACUUUCUAGCUUUUUUUCUUUGUUUUGUUUCACCAUUUUUUUUUUCUUUUUAUUAGACACAAACACUUAGCAAUACAUAAAAGUAAAGCAGAAAUACAUUUUAUCAACCAUUCUUGAAACACCAUGAUCUAUCUCUUACUAAAUGUGACUCUAAG